AUGCCUUCGUCUCCUUUCAUCUUUUUUUAUUUUGCAGAUUUCAGCCUAAAAUGCAUUAAAGAUAAAUGGAUCCCAAUUACCGUUACUGUUGUCAUCACAGCAUUGAUCAUCACCAUAAUUGCACUGGCGGCAAAGAAGACUCCCCCCUGCCCAAGCUGCCUGCGCCACAUCACUGCUGCGUGCCCGGGUGGCUGGGUGGGAUACCAAGGGAACUGCUACUACUUCUCAGAGACUGAAGGGAACUGGAGCGCCAGCCAGAGCCACUGCUCUUCCCUCAACGCCUCCCUGGCUUCCAUUGACUCCCUGCCGGAGCUGAAUUUCAUGCUGCGCUAUAGUGGGAUCCCUUACCGCUGGAUUGGCCUCCAUAGGGAACAAGGCCAGGGCCAGCCGUGGAAGUGGACCAACGGUACCAUAUUCAACAACCU